UCUGCAAUGUACGAGCAAAAGUGAAGAGUGGUCUAAAAGUCAGUAAGAAGAGCUUCAAUUGGCUCGAAGAGAAUCCAUCUGCAGCUCGCAAACAGUCUGCGAAUUGGAGGUGCCCGUUUCGAGAAUACAUUGUACGGCUCUUCUGCGAGGUCACGGAGCCCUUUGAAGUUUGCUGUUGCCACAAAGAGCGUGGGAAUUGGAACGGAGCUUUUCGUCAGCAUGUCCGCGCCUGGGGAGAGCAGCGGUGGCAAAGGCGGGGCAGGGAAAGGCAAAGGGAAGGCUGCGGAUGCGCCAGAGUCCGGAGCGACGUUCAAGAGGAAGAGGGGGAUGUUCUACAAAGAUCUGCAGCCAAUGAUGUAUGGCUUUGGAGACGAUCCGAAACCCAUGCCUGAGACGGUGGAGCUGGUGGAGGAUAUCCUAGUGGAUUACAUUACAGAUAUGCUGCAUAAGGCUUCUGAGGUGGCAGAGCAUCGAGCGCGUUUGACGACAGAGGACCUGGUCUUUCUGGUACGAAAGGACGCACGGAAGUACGGGCGAGUCAAAGAGCUCCUUAGAAUGAAUGAGGAACUGAAGAAGGCGAGGAGAGCAUUUGAGACGCAGGAUGUAGAGGAGGAGUAGGGUAGCUGCAGGUUAGGAGCGGCUUUGGUCAGGAGCGUCUGCCAAAGCUAGCUUGGGGAGCUGUUUUUGCUUGGUGGUGUGUCUGCGGGAGCAAGUCCCUGAUGCUGGCACAUCCAAUUAUUCAAAAGGUAGCAUGCUGUCUUUGUAAUUACAGAUAUGAAAUCUGUUCAGUGCAAGGUGUACAGAGUCAACUUAGCAUCUGAUUAUCAGUAAGCUGCGGAGACCCUGGACUUCAGUUUUUACUCUCCGAGUUGACCAUAGAAAGAACCUCAAGAUGCGCACUGCUGUAUACUAUGUGCACGCCAGGCCCUGUGCAUACGUGCUUUUCCAAGGGAUCUGCGGAAUAUGACGAGAUAUCAAACCUCA